UGCGUUGGGUUCUCACAGUAGGCAGCAUCCUUCCUCCUUCCUUCCACACUCUUUAUUAGACACUCCCACACUUCUCUUUGCUCGAUCAUUCCUCCCCUCAUUGCUUCUCUCUCUCCUUUCACCAUCCAUCAUGGCCUGGGACACUCCAUCCGACGCCACCGACGGGAUGGAUUCCGGAGAGAAGCGUCUCAAUGAGCUGGGAUACAAGCAGGAGCUCAGACGAGAGAUGACCCUUUUCAAGACGCUUGCCAUCUCUUUCUCGACCAUGACUCUGUUCACUGGUAUCACGCCGCUUUACGGAUCGAGUUUGUUGUACGCUGGGCCCGCUAGCCUUGUCUGGGGAUGGGUUGUGGUGACCUUCUUCACGUGGUUCGUGGGGGUCGCCAUGUCGGAGAUCUGCUCCUCGUUCCCGACAACAGGCUCACUGUACUUUUGGGCUGCACAUUUAGCUGGCCCAAAAUGGGGUCCAUUUGCUUCAUGGUGUUGUGCUUGGUUAGAGACUAUUGGCCUCAUUGCUGGGAUUGGCACUCAAGCUUACGCAGGUUCACAGACACUACAAAGCAUCAUUUUACUUAGCACUGGUACAAAUAAAGGUGGUGGAUAUUUAGCUCCGCGUGGCGUGUUCCUGUGCAUGUACAUGGCACUUACCGUUAUAUGGGCAGUACUCAACACAUUUGCCUUGGAUGUCAUUGCAUUUAUUGACAUUAUCUCCAUCUGGUGGCAGGUUAUUGGUGGUCUGGUAAUAGUCAUAAUGCUUCCUCUAGUUGCAUUGACGACUCAGUCUGCAUCCUACGUUUUCACACAUUUUGAGACUGCUCCAGAAUCAACUGGAAUAAGAAGCAAAGCCUAUGCCGCUAUACUAUCAGUUCUGGUUAGUCAGUAUUCCCUUUAUGGUUAUGAUGCUGCAGCACAUCUCACAGAGGAAACAAGGGGCGCAGACAAAAAUGGGCCAAUUGCAAUACUCUCAAGCAUUGGCAUCAUAUCUGUCUUUGGAUGGGCUUACAUCUUAGCUCUUACUUUUAGCAUUCAAAAUCCAAGUUACCUGUAUGAUAAAGGUAAUGAGACAGCCGGCACUUUUGUGCCUGCGCAGAUACUUUAUGAUGCAUUUUAUGGGAGGUACCAUAGUUCAACUGGCGCCAUAAUUCUUCUUUUCAUCAUCUGGGGAUCAUUCUUCUUUGGUGGCCUUUCAAUUACCACAAGUGCCGCUAGAGUGGUGUAUGCUCUCUCAAGGGAUGGUGGCAUCCCUUUUUCAACCAUUUGGCGCCGCGUUCAUCCUAAAUAUAAGGUACCAUCAAAUGCAGUAUGGCUAUGUGCAUUCAUCUGCAUUCUGCUAGGGCUCCCGAUUCUGAAAGUGAAUGUAGUUUUCACUGCAAUUACUUCAAUAUGUACAAUUGGAUGGGUUGGUGGCUAUGCUGUUCCAAUCUUUGCAAGAAUGAUCAUGGCAGAAAACAAUUUCAAGCCUGGUCCAUUUUACUUGGGCAGAGCAAGUAGGCCUGUAUGUUUGGUAGCUUUUCUGUGGAUAUGUUACACUUGCUGUGUCUUCCUGCUGCCCACCUUUUACCCCAUUGAAUGGGCAAAUUUCAACUAUGCUCCGAUUGCCCUGGGCGUGGCUUUGGCACUGAUCAUGCUGUGGUGGGCCUUGGAUGCAAGAAAAUGGUUCAAGGGUCCUGUGAGGAACAUUGAUGCUCAAAAUGAAAAGGUUUGAGAAGCAUUGCACUCUGCAAAGUUGUAAAAAAUCUCUUUGUCUGAAGGAAUUGCUCCAUUGUAUCAGGAAAACAAAUAGCACAAAUGCAUAUUAAAAUUCUUCUAUUGGUUGAA